UUCACCUCACAAGUAAAUACAGCAGUUUGUGGUUUCGAGCCAGUACAGAGAUUAUUGUCAGGAUGGCGGUGAAUGUGGCAGCAACACUUCUCCUCACUUCUGGAGUCACUCUCCUGAUUUAUCUUCUUAAAUGGUGGAUAAAUGUAAAGAAGAAAGACUUGCCACCAGGGCCGACCCCUCUGCCACUUCUAGGGAAUGUUCUGCAGAUCAGCACCUCUGAAUUGCCACAAUCUCUGGUGAAGCUCGGUGAAAAGUACGGACCUGUUUAUACACUCUACCUGGCCAACCAACGAUCGGUCAUGCUGAUUGGUUAUGAUGCUGUGAAGGAGGCUCUGGUUGAUCACAGUGAUGUGUUCAGUGAGAGAGGGGGAACUGGUCUAAUAGAAUUCUUCUUUAAGGAUUUUGGGGUCAUCAUGAGCAAUGGAGAGCGAUGGAAGACGCUGCGUCGAUUUUCCCUGGCAACACUGAGAAAUUUUGGGAUGGGGAAGAGGAGUGUGGAGGAAAGGAUCCAGGAGGAAGUUCUGUGUCUCAGGGACAGAUUUAUGAAGAGCAAAGAUACACCAAUAAACCCGACUCAUCUGUUAAGACUGGCUGUCUCCAAUAUCAUCUGCUCCAUUGUAUUUGGAGAAAGAUUUGACUACGAAGACAAGAAGUUCAUGACCCUUUUGACAUGUAUUCAAGAUUUUUUGAUCCUGUUGACCUCCCGAUCAGGCCAGCUUUUUAAUCUGCUCCCAACCAUAAUGAGAUAUGUCCCUGGCCCCCAUCUGAAGCUUUUUCCAAUUUUUGAAAAACUUGAAGAAUUUGUGAAAGAAAUGGCAGAGUCUCACAAGAAGACAUUGGAUGGGAAUUGCCCUCGAGACUUCAUGGAUUGUUUCCUCAUAAAAAUGGAAGAGGAAAAGAACAACCCAAAAACAGAAUUUCAUAGAGAUAAUUUGAUAGGAACAGUUGUUGACCUGUUCUUUGCUGGGACUGAGACUACAAGUGUAACUCUGAGAUAUGCCUUAUUGAUACUUCUCAAAUACCCUGAGAUACAAGAGAGGAUCCAUAAAGAGAUUGACAGUGUUAUAGGCAGUGAUCGCUGUCCAUCAAUGGAGGACAGAAGUAAGAUGCCAUAUACAGAUGCCGUUAUUCAUGAAAUCCAGAGAUUUGCUGAUAUUGUACCAACAGGAGUGCAACAUGCUGCCAGCAAGGACACCACAUUUAGAGGAUAUCACAUUCCAAAGGGAACUAUGGUGUUUCCAGUCCUAACCUCGGUCUUGAAGGACCCCAAACAGUUCAAAAACCCUGACAAAUUUGACCCUGGACAUUUCCUCAAUGAGAAUGGCACCUUUAAGAAGAGUGAUGCCUUUAUGCCAUUUUCAGCAGGAAAACGUAUGUGUAUGGGGGAGGGUCUGGCUCGCAUGGAACUCUUCCUCUUUUUUACAACCAUUUUGCAAAGAUUUACUCUGAAACCCACCGUGGACAGAAAAUACAUAGAAAUUACACCCGAGCCCAACAGCAAUGCUUCUAGACCUAGUGACUAUGAGAUGUUGGUUGUACCUCGCUAAAAGACCAUUGUAUGCUCUGAUGUUAUUGGAUGUCUUGUUCAAUUUUUAACAGGCACCUAUCAAAUUACAGUUGCUAAAUAAUAAUCCAAUUUUUUCGGCA